AUGGCUCCUUUUAACUUGAUGGCAGUUUCUCUGCUCGGCUGCUUGUCCAGCCUUGCACUGGGAGCUCCUACUGCAACCACCUAUCUGGGAAAGCGCGCAAGCGUCAAUGAUGUCGCUACUGGCUAUGCCAGCCAGAAUGGAGGCACCAAGGGUGGUGCUGGUGGCACUACUACCACUGUCUCGUCGUAUGCUGCCUUCACAGCUGCCGUUACGGGCGAUGAUGCCAAGGUUAUCAUUGUGGACGGCACCAUCACGAAGGCGGCCAAGCAAGUCCGUGUUGGAAGCAACACUAGCAUCCUCGGCAAGGACUCUAAGGCAAUCCUGAGCGGCUUCGGCCUUCUGGUCAAGGAAGAGAGCAACGUCAUCAUCCGCAACCUCGGUGUGCAGAAGGUGCUUGCCGAGAACGGUGACGCCAUUGGUGUUCAAAAAUCCACCAAUGUGUGGAUUGACCACUGCGAUGUCUCAUCUGACAGGGACCACGACAAGGACUACUACGAUGGACUCAUCGAUAUCACCCACGCUGCCGACUACGUCACUGUUUCUAACACCUUUAUUCACGACCACUGGAAAGCCUCCCUGAUCGGACACUCCGACAGCAACAGCGCCGAGGACACCGGUCACUUGCGUGUCACCCAGAGCAACAACUUCUGGUACAACAUCAACUCGCGCGGUCCUUCCUUCCGUUUCGGCACUGGCCACAUCUACAACAGCUACUACGAGAACGUCUCCGACGGCAUCAACACCCGCAAAGGCGCCCAGCUCCUGGUUGAGUCUAACACCUUUGUCGGUAGCAAGAAGCCCCUCUACUCUACCAACUCUGGCUAUGCUGUGGCCAAUGGCAACGACUUCGGUAGCGGAGAGAACGCUGCUGAGGCUGGAACCCUGAAGUCAGUUCCCUACGACUACACCCUGCUUGGCUCAGCCAAGGUUAAGGCUGCUGUUGUUGGUACUGCUGGUCAGACACUUACCUUCUAA